CCUGCCUUAAAUGUCCUGGAUCUGAAACUGGAUGUGAAGGAUGGACAUUAAGUUUGAAGAACAAAAUGCAGAAUUACCGUCAAAAACUUCGUGAGCUUGGUUGUGCAGAAUUGAUACUGAAUAGACGAGAUGCAUCCAAACAUACACUGAAAAGACCACGAAGAUCUGAACUGAACUUUCUUCCUGACAUUCCAACUGGUUUUGAUGAAGAAGCUUUGGAGAAUGAACGCAAAUGGAUGGAAGAAGAGGUGAAGAAGAAAGAUGUGAACAUGCGUGCUUUGAACACAAAGAUGGAUUUCACCUUCUCUCUUAGAAGACGUGAGGUUGUUGAAGAUCAGCCUCUUGUAUUAACACUCAAACAACGAUGGCCAGCACUCUUUAAUGAGGAACAGGUUUAUGCAGAAUUUAGAAGGAUCAACCAUUUAGACCUUAAAUCCACAUUCCUAACAUCAUUGGAUAACAACUCCAGAGGCUUGCUGAAACUCUUCAGAGCAAAAGUAAUACAGAGAGGCGAUUGUGACUUGGAGACUUUGCUGGACAAUCUAGAUGAACAGAUGGCAGACUUAACUGUGCAGAGAAGGGCUACUGCUCUUCGGGGUCUUCCUUUUUAUUUCAAGGAACAUGGAACCAUAUGCAAGACUAUUCUGAGUUCAGAGGCAUUGGAGCAUCACAAAGUUGGAAUGAAAAUGGGAAUUCUUGAAGUGGUGACCAGCAACAGUUCCACUUCAAGAUCCCUCUCCGAUGUGGUAAAUGUUGCAAUUGUCCUUGAAGAGGAAGUCGUCCUGGAAAACAUGGGAGACUUUGUGAGUGCGUUCAUUGUCCUCUUUGGCAUGCUCUACGCACUUAACAUGGAGUACAACAAGGACUUAAGAUAUACUUUUGAAUUCAUUCAGAAGGUCUUUUUGAACAUGGGAACUGAGUGCAGCAAAAAAGUGCAAACUCUGAUGAGCAAAUUAUUGGAAAACUAAGUGAAAUUUCACUUAACCCUUACGGGAGAAGUACCCUUAAGUUCAAAGUACCUCUUGUGAGAAUGUUUUUUGCUGCUUUCUAUAUAUCUGUAAAUGUGUUUACAUGCUUAAUAUUUGAUGAGUAAGAUGCAGUUUCAUGAGCUCAUAUUAAGAUGAAAUUACACUAAACACAACCCUGAAGUAAUUUUUUACUUCAGACUUUUGCAGCGUUUCAAAUAUUUGUAAAUGUUUUACAAAAAUUCAAGUAAAUUUUGAAUAUUUAAAGUAACCCUCUCCUGUUUACUUGCAUUUUAUGUUGUGUUGACGUUUUUGCACUUUAGCAAAUAUUAACAUAAUAUUUUAAAUUAUUUAAAUAUUUAAUAUUGUUAGUGCAGUUUCAUAAAUGUAGUACCUA